AAGUUUCUAGAAGCGAUUCAGACCCUCCUGUGAAGAUGGAGCAGCAGAAGGAGGAAGCUGGAUCCGAGGGGAACAACCUGCCAACACCUGGAACUGAGUCGUGGCUCCCUGGGACUAUCCCAGCUCUCCCACCAUGGCUCCUGGGCACCUCCAACCCAGCUCAUCUGGGGCUUCCUGAGCAACUGGCCUCUGUGACCGUCCCCAUCCGCCUGGACACCCUCUCGUAUCUCCUGCACAGCGCUCUGAUGGGUGCCUACAGCCUCCACCAGUCCUUGCCCUCCUGCCCCUGCUCCUCCCAGACAGGCCAUGGCCAGCCAGCCUCGGCCAGCUGUGCCCCCCCACCCCGGGGCUGGGGCCGGGGUCGGGGACGGGGACGUGGCUCAUGGGGGAUUCAACGCAGGCCUGCUCCCAGUCAGGGCCAGCCGAGUUGGGGUUCCUGCACAGCUGAGCAGCCAAAGAGGAGCAGGGUGUGGAACGCUGGGGCUAGCCCCAAGAUCCCAAGGAUGGCAGCCCAGGCCCAGGACGAGAAGGAACCCAGAGAUCCAGAGCCAAGUGUGGCCCCCUCGCCCUCGCCUGCUGCUGAGGACUGGGAGUCUGAGUACUAG